AUGAGCGAAUCAGUCUCAACGAAUCCGCGGAACAUUCCGGCAGCGCCGUUUGUGGCCGACGUAGUGGAAUAUAUCGGUGGAGAGGGCGCAGAGGUGGACAGCGCGUUGAAGCAGUUCCAGGAGAUGGCAUCCAAGUACAGAUACAUGGAAAUAUCACUUCUACAAAAGAAGAAAUCCCUCGAUGUCAAGAUACCGGACAUCUCCAAGACGCUGUCCAUGGUUAGGCAUUUGCACGGCGCGAAUGAGGACGGCACAAAGACAAAAACGCUGUUUGAGCUGCACGACACGCUUUACGCGGAGGCUGAGCUGGACAAGAGCGACGUGGUGUACCUGUGGUUGGGUGCAAAUACAAUGCUCAGCUAUACAAUACCAGAGGCUAUAGCGCUCCUCGAGAAGAAGGAGAAGCUGGCUGGUGUUUCGUACGAGCAGUGCAAUGAAGAUUUGGAAUUCAUCAGGGAACAAACAACUAUCACCGACGUCAAUACAGCCAGGAUCUGGAACUUUGAUGUCAAGAGGAGGAGAGAGAAGAGGGAGGUCGAGCAGCAGCAGGAGAAGGAGUAA